AUGACCUCAGUUCUUGGCGUUUAUGCUAAAUUACAAUGUACUCUCUAUGUAUUCCAACGAAUUAUUCUCUCUUUGUCUCUUUGCCUCUCUGUUCCAACGCACCCUGUUUCUCUCUAUUCCAACUUUCUAUCUCUGUCUGUCGUAACUUACUCUGUCUCUCUUUCUUUCUCUUUUCCAACGUACUCUGCUUCUCACUAUUUCUGUUCCAACAUAUUCUCUCUCUGUAUUCCAACGUAUUCUGUCUCUCAGUCUUUCUUUUUUCCAACAUUCUCUCUCUCUCUCCCUGUACCAACGUAUCCAUUUUCUCUCUAUUAUAACGUACUCUCUCUCUUUUCCAAUGUACUCCCUCUUUCUUUCCCAUCGUACUCUCUCUCUCUCUCUUUUCCAACAUUCUCUAUCUAUCUCUAUUCCAACGUACUCUCUCUCUCUGUCCCAACGUACUCUCUCUCUUCCUGUUCCAACGUACUCUCUCACUUUUCCAACCCUCUAUCUCUAUUCAUACGUACUCUCCCUAUCUUUUCCAGUGCACCCACUCUCUUUUCCAACGUCCUUUCUCUUUCAACUUUAAUCUCUCUAUUCCAACGGCCUUUUUGUCUCUUCCAACUUAUUUUCUCUCUGUCUCUGUCUCUGUCUCUCUCUCUCUCUCUCUCUCUCUCUAUUCCAACGUACGCUGUCUGUCUUUAUUUUACAACGUACCCUCGCUCUUUUUCAACGUACUCGCACUCACUUUUUCAAUGUACCGCCUCUCUCUCUUUUCCAACGUACUUUCUCUCUUUCUGUUCCAACGUACAUUCUGUCUCUCUUUUUCCACGUACUCGCUCUGUUUUGCAACGUACUUGCUCUCUCUUUUCCAACGUAGUCUCUCUUUUUCACUAUCUCUCUGUCUAUCCCAGCGUACUUUUGACCAGUCCUUUCUUUUGCCUUUCUUUUCAUUGUUAUUUUAAUCGAGGUAAAUCCUACGACGAAAGCCGGCUUCAUAUCGAUUUUCGACACAAAAUAUCAAUUAAAUGA